GCAAUUCUGAACUGAUUAUUGUUUGCAGUUCCGUGUUUAGCAAUAAUAUAUUUGUAAAAAAUCUGGUGAAACUUAUAAGGUGGCUCAUCGGCUGUCAAAAGAAGCCAAACCAGCUGCCAUAUACUCUUCUGAUUUGAAGCGUGCUGCUGAGACUGCAGAAAUUAUAGCAAAAAUUUGUGGUAUAACAAAUGUAAGGGCAUUCUGUUCUUUUUUUCUGAAAGGAAAUGGAAUAAGUGCGUUGUGCAUUCUAUUUGCCCCUUUUCUCAAUUUUUUUUUUCAGUUGGUGCUGAAUGAGGCACUGAGAGAAAUGCACAUGGGAUAUCUCCAAGGCUUGAAGUGGGAUGAUGCUGUAAAUAAAUAUCCAGAUGUUUUCAGAGCCUUUGACAUUUCUAAAAUUGCUGAGAGCAGAAACCAAGAAAUACCGGGUGGUGGAGAAAGCCUGAACCAGUUAAAUGAGCGAUGUGUCUCUUACUUGAAUAAGAUUGCCCAAGAACACACUGGGGAGAGGGUUGUGGUGGUCUCCCACGGUGCAGCCAUACAGGAGCUGUGCAGGCACGCCGAUCCACCCAACAGCUCCGUUCAUAGGAACAUUCCUAACACUUCACUGAAUGUUUUUCGAGUCUCCGGCGUCACCGGGCGGUGGAUCCUCGAGAGGUGUGGAGACGUCAGCCAUCUUGACUGAAAUGGCUUUCUAGAGAACUCAUUUGGGGGCGACGGGAUCUCUGCAUAACACAAUCAUCAUCGAAGAUUUCAGAACGCGCUAGCCGAAGGGUUUUCCGUGUUGUUGGUCUUCCCGCGUUUCUUUGGUAGCAGUUCACUAUCUUUUAUUAUGAAAUACUUUCUCCGUCUCAAAUUAUUAGUCAUUUUAGCUUUUCCUAGAUACAUAGAUUUUGCUAUGCACCUAGAUAUAAAACAUAUCUAAAUACAUAGCAAUUGUUAUGCACCUAGAAAAGCUAAAACAACUAAUAAUUAAGAACGGAUGGAGUAGUAAUAAACGAGAUCAAUAUGAUGUUGCAGUCAAUAAUAAACGUGUUGUUGAACA